UUUUAGUCUCUUUUUUUCUGGUACCUAACUUGUUGUUUAGGUGCGACAGAAAUUCACAAUGUUUCCCCUUUUCCAGGGUAGCUGAAUCCAGCUGACCCUCUGAAGGGAGGCUCCUAGGAAGGCCCAGGAAGCCAGGCCUGGUGGAGAGGACUGGCUAAUUUUGAGUUCAAGGAUGCCCUGUGUUUCUGGAACCUUUCCCCUGUGGCACUCAGACACCGUGUACUGUGGUCUUUGUCCUCUGCUGUGUGGCUAAAAGGUGCUGGGUGUGGAGAGACAUGAAGAGGCUGGAUGCCUGACAAGCCCACAUCUCCUUGUUUGUCUGCUGUGGGCUCAGCUCUUGGAAAGUCCAGAUCCUGGCUGGUGCUGCCAUUCACUUGGACAAACCUCUGAGCAUUCAGCCUCAACAGCUUCUCCAGCUUUGUUUUAAGUUUGAACAAUGAGAGCUUAAGUCCGUUGGCUCACCUGUCGUGAAGCCUAAGUGAGGAGGACUGGAAUGAAAUUGAUCCCAUUAAAAAGAAAGACCUGCACCACAGCAAUGGAGACGAGAAAGCACAGAGCGUGGAGACCCUCCCUCCAGGGAAAGUACGGUGGCCAGACUUUAACCAGGAGGCCUACGUCGGAGGGACAAUGGUUCGCUCAGGGCAGGACCCUUAUGCCCGCAACAAGUUCAACCAGGUGGAGAGUGACAAGCUGCGCAUGGACAGGGGCAUCCCUGACACCCGGCAUGACCAGUGUCAGCGGAAGCAGUGGCGGGUAGACCUGCCAGCUACCAGUGUAGUGAUCACAUUUCAUAACGAAGCCAGGUCGGCCCUUCUGAGGACAGUGGUCAGUGUACUCAAGAGGAGUCCGCCCCGUCUCAUAAGAGAAAUCAUCCUGGUGGAUGAUUACAGCAGUGACCCUGAGGACGGGGCCCUCUUGGGGAAAAUCGAGAAAGUGCGUGUCCUCAGAAAUGAUCGGCGGGAAGGCCUGAUGCGUUCGCGGGUCCGGGGUGCUGAUGCUGCACAAGCCAAGGUGCUGACCUUCCUGGACAGUCACUGCGAGUGUAAUGAGCACUGGCUGGAGCCACUGCUGGAACGGGUUGCGGAGGACAGGACUCGGGUUGUGUCACCCAUCAUCGAUGUCAUUAACAUGGACAACUUCCAGUAUGUGGGCGCUUCUGCUGACCUCAAGGGCGGUUUUGACUGGAACUUGGUGUUCAAGUGGGACUACAUGACGCCUGAGCAGAGGAGAGCGCGCCAGGGGAACCCAGUCGCCCCCAUAAAAACACCCAUGAUUGCUGGGGGACUCUUCGUGAUGGACAAGCUCUACUUUGAAGAACUGGGGAAGUAUGACAUGAUGAUGGACGUGUGGGGAGGAGAGAACCUGGAGAUCUCGUUCCGCGUGUGGCAGUGUGGUGGCAGCCUGGAGAUCAUACCUUGCAGCCGUGUGGGGCACGUGUUCCGAAAGCAGCACCCCUACACAUUCCCAGGUGGCAGCGGCACUGUCUUUGCCCGCAACACCCGCCGGGCGGCAGAAGUCUGGAUGGAUGAAUACAAAAACUUCUACUACGCAGCCGUGCCUUCUGCCCGAAACGUGCCCUAUGGAAACAUUCAGAGCAGACUAGAGCUGAGGAAGAAGCUCGGCUGCAAGCCCUUCAAGUGGUACCUGGAAAAUGUCUACCCAGAGCUGAGGGUCCCUGAUCAUCAGGACAUCGCCUUUGGGGCCUUGCAGCAGGGAACCAACUGCCUGGACACUCUAGGACACUUUGCUGAUGGGGUUGUUGGGAUUUACGAGUGUCACAAUGCCGGGGGAAACCAGGAGUGGGCCUUGACAAAGGAGAAGUCAGUGAAACACAUGGACUUGUGCCUGACCGUAGUGGACCGGUCACCUGGCUCCCUCGUCAGGCUGCAGGGCUGCCGGGAGAACGACAGCAGACAGAAGUGGGAGCAGAUCGAGGGCAACUCCAAGCUGCGGCACGUAGGGAGCAACCUGUGUCUGGACAGCCGCUCAGCCAAGACCGGGGGUCUGAGCGUGGAGGUGUGCGGCCCAGCCCUCUCUCAGCAGUGGAAGUUCUCACUCAACCUGCAGCAGUAGGAGCCUGGAGGCCAAUGCCAUCCUCCCGCACAUCAGCCCAGUUUGGUGAUCACGUUUUGGUUAUGUUUCUGAAACUUUCCGCGAAACUAUAUACCUCAGUGUUCCAUCAUGGUCUGAAAGUCGGAGAACUUCAGCAAGGCAUGGGCUGUGUUGACUGCCUGCUGGAGAGGAGGCCUGCCCCUUCAGCCCAGGUGCAGCACGCCCUCCCAGGCUGGCACCCUCUGCCUCGUCUUCCCCUUCCUGCUGGCUCUGCAGCCGAGGAGCAGCCUGUGAUGUCGUCAGGGUGUGGUGGAGCAACAGCUCAGCACAUGCAUGCUGAGGACUGGAGGGGCUGGGGGUGCUACCCUCACAGCAAGGACUCUUGAAUCCUCCAUUCAAACCCAUUGAAAUCAUGUGAGCCAGUGUGGUGGGCAUGCCUGUAAUCCCAGCACUUGAGAGACAGGCCAGCCUGGGUCACAUAACAAGACCUUGUCUCAAAAACAAGAAACAAGUGUAAUUUCCACACUGGCCUCGCCGUUGCAGGUUUCCCUUGUCCUCUUUUCCUACGUCUUGGGCCCAGCUGUCCUCCAGCCCCUCCUUUCUUCCACUCAUGUGCUUGCUGUAUUUGAAUAUGAACUCCCUGUGCUGGGACACUAGACAUAAAUACAUACAAAGAAGGAAUAUACGGUCAGUUCCCCAUGGUUUCCCUAGAUCAUCACUUGUACAGCUCCCAGCCAUGUGGAGGGACGGGCUGUCCUGGAGUCCACAGUGGCCUCCUUGUCCCUGGAGCCCAAUCAGCCACUAGGUGCUACAGUGCCAGCUGUGGCUUCCCCAGACCACCAGUCUCAGGCUGUGUGCUGGAGAAUUCACUUUGUGUCCAUUGGUAUCUGUCAACCUAGAUAGGUUACUUAUUUUGGCAUGUAUUGCUUUGGUUUUUUUAUGUUUUUAAUUAAUUUUUUUUUCUCUAGGGAAAAACCCCAAAUCAUAGCUCCUAACGUGAGCCACAGUGUUCCACUGCCUGCGACGGUACAGGCCAGCACCACCCUAGCUCUGGGCUGGUGGUGGUUUGACCUCAGUGUCAGGUCUUUGGAGCAACUUAGCUGCCAGCAGAGCCUAGGCGGUGAGCCCCUCACCUGCCAGUGGACCGUGUGGCUGCCAUCUUGGCGUGCAACAGCCCCAGUGCCCCCAUUCCCACCACAAGGCUGGGCACUCACGCUGAGGGUCAGGCAUGGAGCGGCAGUCUGUGGUCCUGUGAAAACCACAGACAGGUGACCUGGACACUGUAAUGAGAAGAGAUGCCUGGGCGUCUGCUGUGAGCAUCGUACAUCUAGAGGCUGCAGAGCCAUGGGGAGCCAGAACACCCGCUGGUGCGUGCUCUCCUUCCAUCUUGUUCUAGGAAGGAAAUGUUGCUGUCCUCCUUCCUCCAACACAGGAUCCCCACGCUGUGACCACAGCCCUCAGUGGAUGCCUGGCAGGUAGCUUCUGUCUUUUUUUACCCCUGCCCAGCAACCAGAUGUGUUUUAGCAGACAGGUGACCAUGUGCCUGGUUAAUUUUCCACACAUCCAUCCACCUUUCAAAGUGGUCCUGAUGGUAACCACUUGUAGGUACAGGUACGAGGAUGUCCAAGGCAAGGCUGGCAGGGCGGAAGCGCAUCUGUGCUAGGCUCAGCCCCAAGCACCUGAGUUCUGCUGUUAAACUCUGUUGCCUGUGAACUGCUUCUGUUAGGAAGAAACAUGGAUGUGAAAGCAGGUGGACUGGUGUUAGCCAGGUGUGUUGCUGACUCUACCCACACACCCGCACCCCACCCUGUUGUUGCAUCACCUUUGUGCCACGCAGGGUACCACCCAGCCCUGAGUUGUGGGUGGCUCAGAGCAGAGCAGGCUGGGCAGCCCUGCGGUGCCAUGUUUACACGACACAGUGUGCCAAAGUGACUUACUGUGCUUGCGUUAUUUUAUUGUCAUCGGGGCUAGCCCAUCCUCCCACUUCCGUUUCUAAAACUAAAGCUCCCCAGCCCUGCGGGCAGAGGUGGUUGUCUUCUGUGUGGUCCUUCUCACGUCUCCAUGAAGCCGAAAUGAUGGUGUCUGUGCGUAUGUUUUGCAGAUUUAAAAUAUAGUUUGGUAAUUUUUUUUCCAGUUAAUUUUUAAAAAGAACUGCUGUACAGAGCUUGUACUUUGUGCAUUUUAUAGAUGGAAACCAUCCUUGAAAUUGUUUAACUUAAAUAAAGAGAAGAUACUUUAUAGAUAACACUGUCUGGUGGCAACAGCCGUCUCUUGGCUGUUUUAGGAUGGUGGGACUGGGCUGAGGCCUGUGGUCAUCAUCUGUCUUCUGACCUGGCAGUCACCAUUUCUUAACCACACUUCAAAACACACUCUCCAUUACUGCUGUACCCUUGGCUGUUUACUGUCAUUUGUAGUAAUGAUUGUUCCUGUUUGUGGAAUAGUUGAGCUGUGCCAGGCUUGCAGCCAAGCCCUUGAGGUCAUUGACAUUUUAUAGCUGGUGAUGGAGGUGGGGACCUUCCCGGUGUCACAUACUCUCCUAUAAAUCCACCUGUGCUCUCCUGUAAAUCCACUUUGGACACACCCUAUGCUAAACCUGGGAGACAAAUAUUUUACAGUUUUUUAAUUAUUUAAAUGUACGGGGCUGGGGAUUAGCUCAGUGCUAGAGUACUUACAGAAGGCCUUGAUUCUGUCCCCGGCUCUGACGAUGAAUAAAACGUAUGGACUUGUUCCGUAGUUGUCUGGGGCUCUCUAGUUCACGUGAGAGUAGCUGAGGUUCUUUAAAUACCUUUCAAAUAACCUUUGUGUGAACAGCGCAAGUGUGCCAAGCAAAUAGACUCUUGGCCACCUGUUUAGCAGUUUGAAUUGAGGCAGUGAAAGGAUUGACUGAUGAGUGCAGAACCUUCUGGGAACUUCAGUGUGUGUUCCCUUUCUCCAUUAUUGAGAUGCCAAAAAUUUGGUUCUUUGCCCCAUCUGAGGGACAGAGGUGUUAGUGUAGUUUGGAAAUGUCCCUGGGGCUUUGGGGGCAGGGUGUGUUUCCUGCUCAGACAGCAGGGAUGAACCCUACCCACAGCUGUCAUUGAAAAACACUCUUGUACUCAGUCCUGAAGAGGACCUGGGACUCAGGCGGGUAGAACCCUGCGCCUGGCCCCCAAGAUGGUGCCAAACUGCUCUGUACUCUGGUGAGGCCGAUCCCUACCUCUCAGAGGUUCUGUGUGAGGUAAGAGCAUUAGAGGAAGGGGAGCCCAGCCCCAGGGGCACACGAAAAGCCACCUGAUGGGACAGCCAAGAGGAAGUGGUGAGACUGGGGUGGCGGGGGACAAAUGUGGGUUUCAGGUUCUCAGGAAGCCUUCGUGCCAGUUCCCAUCAUAGGAGUUGGCGCUGCCUGGAGCAGAGGGUCGUUUUCAGUGCAGAGUACUGUGUCUAAUCCAACUUGGCUCUUUGGUGCUGUAGUAUAAUGUCACACUUUUAAAAUAAUCAGCCAGAAAAUCUCAGGCACCCUAUAAACUUCUCAGCAAGUGAGAGGCAAUAUGCCAUGUGCCUAUCUGACUGUACAUAUGACGUAUGCCUACAAAGAACCUAAACUUCAAGCCCCCGGGGUCCCAAGGAAGGAAAGGAUUCCCCUGCCUGGGCCCCCAGUCCGGCUGUCAAGCAGGGCUGCAGCAAGAUCCUAGGGUCCUGCCCCACCCGAGGUGGUGCCCACGGGGAGUCAUAUGGGAGCCAGAUUCCUGAAGGCUGUUACGGUGAGCUUCGUGAAGUGGUAAGUAACCAUGUGAUGAUUUUGACUUCAGAAAAUAAAGACUGAGUCUCGGGAAGGUGAUGGGACCCUCAUGGGUCACCAGUGGGAGAGGGGUGUCAUGCAGGGACUUGGAGCAGCUGAUUCCAGCUGGAGGACUCCCUGGAGAAUUCUCUUUUGGAGAAGCCCUACCUAACUGUGCUUCAGAUGACAGCUGUCCAUUGUCUCAUACGGCAAACCAAAGGUAAUGGGAUUCCAGGUCGAUCCUACACUUGAUGUUGUGAACAGACUGACCCCGGCCCCCUCCGUGGUGCAGGAGGGCAGAUGACCCUCACCAUGAGGCAUCUUCUUAGCCAUGUGGCAUUGCUCACAGCCAGGUCCUGGACCUCAGGCACUUGGGGAGCCAGAAGCCCCUACCUCCCAUGUGUUCAGGUUGGAGUCAAGAAAGGGACAGCCACCACGUCUCCCAUUGCUGGAAGGAUUUUGCAGCCAUCGGUGCACAGGUCAGCAGUGUGGCCCCUGUUCCUGCACCUAAGAGAGGUUUCUGCUGGCCUUUGGAGCCCCUUCCCCUUGUGGCACAGGUUGCUUAGGUAUCUGCUGGAAACGCAGGGUCUCAGGAGGGUUGCACAUGAAUACAAGAUUUGUAAGAGGACUAAUCAACACAAUUAACUUUUUAUAAUGUGUGUGCUUCUUAAUGUAGUGAAUAACAGAAGCCUUUGAUCUUGCUGCUGCUCUAAUUUCAAAAUCGGGGAGGUGAGCAUAAACAAUAUUUUGAAAAAUGUAAUAAUGUGAUAAAAAUAAGAUUUUGUAAUUGGAGACAAAGUUCCCAGUUUGU